AUGGGCUGCGAGCUGGGCAAGCUGGCCGCCUCCGAGAGGGGCGGCGGCAGGGGCGGUGACGGCGGCGGGGGCGGCGGCAAGGACGACCUGCCCGCGCCCCCCGCCACGGAUCCGCGGCUACCGCUCACCGCCAAGCAGAAGUACACCAUGGUCGCCUCGUGGAAAGGGAUCAACCGCGAGAUGGAGGCGACGGGGGUCAACAUGUUUAUCAAGCUGUUCGAGGAGCACAAGGAGCUACUCUCGCUGUUCGAGAAGUUCAUCGCGCUGCAGACGCGGGAGCAGCAAGCGAGCAGUGAGGAGCUGCAAGAGCACGCCACCAAGGUGAUGAGCACGCUGGACGAGGGCAUCCGCGGCCUCGACGACAUGGACUCCUUCUUCUCGUACCUGGGCCAGGUCGGCGCCAGCCACCGCCGGAUCAACGGUUUCCAGAGCCAGUACUUCUGGAAAAUCGAGGGCCCCUUCCUCAAGGCGGUGGAGCAGACGCUGGGUGACCGCUACACCGCCAACGUGGAGAACAUCUACAAGGUGACCAUCAAGCUCAUCAUCCAGACGCUGGUUGACGGCUUCGAGGGAACAGGCCACGCCGCGGGCACGGCGGGGUCCUGAGCGCCCCCUUCAGGGAGGGCCGCGCCCCGCGGGGCGGG